GAGAGGGCGAGAGGGGUUUCGCAAAGUGAAAGAAGGGACGAGAGAGGGAAUGGAAACAGUAAGUAAGAAGAGUUUUGUAAGCAGAAUGCAAAAACCGUUGGGUUUUUAUAUUUGAAAUCUCAAAUAUUAGUUAACAUCCGUUUCUUCUUUCCCGCCAUGGUGGCCCAGUUGGAGAAUCGAUCCUCCCUCGACCAAAUACAGAAGACCAAGGCAUUGAUCUGCGCCCUGAAUCUCAUCUCCAGAAACCUUCCUCUUCCUCCUGAGAUCUUCGAUACUGUUUCGUCCAUCUACAGUGCCGACGAUGUGGCCGAUGACGCUGUGGAGGAUGAUGGUGGAGGUAAAGCCCACAGUAAGGACGGUGACCGCUUCCCGGAGGAGGAUUCGGGUGGCCCUAGGGAUUUGAAUGAGGGGUAUUCAAUAAUGGAGCUUGAAGAUGCACUGGUGAAGCAACGGCCAUAUUGCAUUUCGGGUUUGGGGUUGAUAGAGUCAAGGGAAAGUCUUUUGGAAAGCCAUAUUCAUCGUCGUUUAACUGAGCUUGAAGAGUUGCCUUCGAGUAGAGGUGAGGACCUGCAGAUGAAGUGCUUACUUGAGCUAUAUGGUCUAAAGUUAGCAGAUUUGCAAGGCAAGGUUAGGACUGAAGUGUGUUCAGAGUAUUGGUUGCGUGAUAAUUGUGCAUAUCCAGACAAGCAGUUGUUUGACUGGGGAAUGAUGCGUUUGCAUCAUCCCUUUAUUAUGUAUGGUGUGGGAGAUGCUUUUGCCAUGGAAACUGAUGAGCGGCUGCGAAAGAAACGGGAAGCAGAGAGACUGUCAAGGUUAGAAGAGGAGGAAAAAAACCGUAUGGAGACCAAAAAAAGGAAAUUUUUUGCAGAAAUUCUUAAUGCUGCUCGUGAGUUUCAAUUGCAAGCACAAGCUGCUCUGAAACGCCGCAAACAAAGGAAUGAUGGGGUCCAGGCAUGGCAUGGAAGGAAACGGCAACGUGCUACACGAGCAGAAAAAUUGAGGAUUCAAGCACUAAAAGCUGAUGACCAAGAAGCAUACAUGAAGAUGGUAGAAGAGAGUAAGAAUGAACGGUUAACAAUGCUUCUUGGAAAAACCAAUGAGCUUCUUGUGCGUCUGGGAGCUGCGGUUAAAAAGCAAAAGGAUGCAGAGCAUCUUGGUGGAAUUGAACCUUUGAAAGGCUCAGAAGAUGAUGAUGCUUCCCAGUCAUCUGCUUCUAAAAGUGAAACCCCUAGGGAUUUGCUUCCUGAUGAAGACAUAGAAUUUGUUGAUUUAGAUUCUGGUAAUCAUGUUAAGACAGGUGAUUUACUUGAAGGUCAGCGGCAAUAUAAUUCUGUCGUUCAUUCAAUUCAGGAAAAGGUCACAGAGCAGCCAUCUAUACUGCAAGGUGGAGAAUUAAGGCCAUACCAAUUGGAAGGUCUUCAGUGGAUGUUAUCUUUGUUCAACAACAACUUAAAUGGCAUUUUAGCUGAUGAGAUGGGGUUAGGGAAGACAAUUCAAACCAUAUCAUUGGUUGCAUAUCUCAUGGAACACAAAGGUGUAACUGGGCCCCAUUUGAUUGUGGCUCCAAAGGCUGUAUUACCAAAUUGGGUUAAUGAAUUUUCAACAUGGGCCCCUAGUAUUGUGGCUGUUCUAUAUGAUGGGCGUCUAGAUGAACGUAAGCUUUUGAGGGAAGAGUAUUCAGGAGAGGGGAAGUUCAAUGUAAUGAUUACCCAUUAUGAUCUUAUCAUACGGGACAAAGCAUUCCUGAAGAAAAUUCACUGGUACUACAUGAUCGUUGAUGAAGGACAUCGAUUAAAAAAUCAUGAAUGUGCUCUUGCAAGGACACUUGUGUCAGGCUAUCGCAUUAGACGUAGACUUCUAUUAACUGGUACACCAAUACAGAAUAGUCUGCAGGAGCUGUGGGCCCUGCUUAAUUUCCUCCUACCAAGCAUUUUUAAUUCUGUGGAGAAUUUCGAAGAGUGGUUUAAUGCACCCUUUGCAGAUCGAUGUGAUGUUUCUCUUACAGAUGAAGAAGAGUUAUUGAUUAUUCGCCGAUUGCAUCAGGUUAUAAGACCAUUCAUACUGAGGAGGAAGAAAGAUGAAGUGGAAAAGUUUCUUCCUGGGAAAAUACAGGUCAUACUGAAAUGUGAUCUGUCAGCGUGGCAGAAAGUAUAUUAUCAACAGGUCACUAAUGUGGGCAGAGUUGGUCUUGAUACUGGAUCUGGGAAGUCAAAGAGUUUACAGAAUCUGUCAAUGCAACUAAGGAAGUGCUGUAAUCAUCCAUACCUUUUUGUUGGAGAAUACAAUAUGUGGCGUAAGGAAGAGAUUGUGAGAGCAUCAGGAAAAUUCGAACUGCUUGAUCGCCUACUUCCAAAACUCCAAAAAGCAGGGCACAGAGUUCUGCUUUUCUCACAGAUGACACGCCUCAUAGACAUUCUUGAAAUUUAUCUGCAACUGCAUGAUUUUAAGUAUCUUAGACUUGAUGGCUCAACAAAGACAGAAGAAAGAGGGGCACUACUAAAGCAGUUCAAUGCACCAGAUUCUCCAAUUUUCAUGUUUCUUCUAAGCACACGUGCUGGAGGCCUUGGUCUGAACUUACAAACUGCAGACACUGUCAUUAUCUUUGAUAGUGAUUGGAAUCCCCAAAUGGAUCAACAGGCAGAGGAUCGAGCACAUCGCAUAGGGCAAAAGAAGGAAGUUAGGGUUUUUGUGCUCAUUAGUGUUGGUUCAAUUGAAGAGGUUAUAUUGGAACGCGCAAAACAGAAAAUGGGCAUUGAUGCCAAGGUCAUCCAGGCUGGAUUAUUUAAUACAACUUCCACAGCUCAGGACAGAAGAGAGAUGUUGCAGGAGAUCAUGCGGAGAGGUACCGACUCAUUAGGGACAGAUGUGCCUAGUGAGAGAGAGAUAAAUCGUCUUGCAGCUAGAACGGAAGAAGAAUUUUGGUUGUUUGAGAAGAUGGAUGAGGAAAGACGACAAAAGGAGAACUACAGAUCAAGAUUGAUGGAGGAACAUGAGGUACCUGAUUGGGCAUAUUCUGUCCCUGAUAAUGCAGAUAAGACCAAAGAUACUGAACCCAACAGUGGUAGCAUUACAGGGAAACGACGUAGAAAAGAGGUGGUUUAUGCUGAUACACUGAGUGACGUACAGUGGAUGAAAGCUGUUGAAAAUGGAGAAGACUUGUCCAAGCUCAUGACCAGCAGGAGAGAGCAUCUUCCUCCUGAUGCCAAUGAGUCAACCAGUGAUCAUGUCGGGGUAGAGCAAAAGUUAUCAGAGCCAAGAAAUGGUGAGUCUAUGACCAGUGAGGGAGCAAGCGAAAAUUUCAUGAGCCGGACCCCGAAGAGGCUCAAAUCUGGACCUGUACAGUGUAACAAACCUGAAUAUGAAGGCAUUGGGGACUAUGGUUGGAGUGGGGACAUCUUUACAUGGAAGACCCACAAGAGGAAGAGAUCAAGCCAUGGUGUUCCAGGUUCCUCAUCAUCUGAUGCAAAAGGACAGAAUUCUAAUGGCAGAGGAAAUGGAUGGGUUUGAUUGACACUAAUCAAAGCUAACACCAAAUCACGAAGGGAUUUAUAUGUACUGUAGCUGAGCCUUGUCAUUGUAACCUUGGUUUCUGGAAUUCUUCUUCAGGGUAGUGAUUUUCACACCAUUCCUCGUACUCCAGUUGAAAGAGCUUAUUUCUGACUGCUGGUGGCUCGUGCCCCUAUUCCAAUUCAUUUAUGGUAAUUUUUAGUAGUAACAUCUCAUGAUGCAAAUAAUAGAUCUUUUUUCUUUCAAAAAAUAGUUACAUGAUUUACCAAAAGCAGGAAAGAUUCAGGGGCUAUCUAUCAUUUUCCUGUUUGAAUA